AUUUAUGACUCGCAUAUGAGUAGCGCACGAUUGUACAGCGAAAGGCUACGUGACUCGCGUACGAGUUCAAUAUGGAAAAGUACUGAAUAGUCACCACUAGUUAUCGUGUUUAACAUAGCGUUAGUAACAGUCGUAUCGCAACCGAUGAGUACUUUUUAGGGCUAAAAAAGUUUUGUUUAGUGUUUUGUAUUUAGCACUCAAUUCACGUGUGAUUUGAGUUGACGUUCAGUUUGUUUGCCAAUCAAUCGGUGGUUCACUUGUCAUCUCUGUUGUUGUCCACCAACUGAUCCCAAGGGCUAAGAGGAGGACAACGAUGUCGGAGAAGUGCGUUCGCGACCGACUCAUAGCCAUCGCCGACGACAUGGAAAUGAUCGCCAAAGAACUGUUGGAAAUAGUGUUGACACCGAAGCCGUUGCGCGCGAACCCGACGCUUGACAGCAACCAAUUGGCGGACCUAUUGGUGGCCAAAGACAAGGAGCUGAAGGCGGAGCUCCUGAUGGCUAAGGAGCAGGAAGUGGUCCACAAGAAUAUGUGCGAACUCCGCGAUGAGGUGGACAAACACGACACUCAGAUACGACAACUCCAGAAGAAUCUCAAGGAAGCCGAACACAUACUGUCGACAGCCAUAUAUCAGGCGAAGCAUAAGCUGCAGAUCAUAUCGAAGGCCACGACUCACGCCAUACCAUCCGAAGAGCUGAUCCGAUACGCGCAUAAGAUAAGCGCCGCCCACUCGGUGUCGGCCCCCUAUAACUGGGAGAUCGGGGACCAGCGGCGGCCCUAUCCCACGGACGUGGAGAUGCGGUCGGGACUGUUGGCCAACGCCAGCGACCCCAACAUGUCGUCUCUAAUGGCACAACAGUCCCAUCAGAUGAAUAGCUACGGCGGUGGCGCCGGCGGACAGACACCGCAGCAACAGCAGCAGCAAGAGAUGGCCCGACCCUCGAGUACGGCCAGCACUUCCAGCGGCUCGUCGUUCGCGUGGGGACACGAUAUUAAGCCCAAUGUGUCGGCGCUUUCAUACCCACACCACCCGUCGCUCGAUGCGAAGGCCAACAACAAAGACGCGGAUGACGUGGAGGUGAUGUCCACCGACUCGUCCAGCAGUUCCUCCAGUGAUAGCCAAUGAGUUGUCAGUUAUUUAUUCGUUAAUCAAUUUUCAUCAUUGAAUUUGUCACUCA